AUGAACGAGACAAACAUACUGAGGGGAAAAAAAGAAAAUGCUCUACCAGGAGUAUGGAUACCAGGAGCAAUGCAACUUUUUGCAUCAAGUGCAUCGGUGUUUUUUCUCGCCCUGAUUUCCCUCGAGUGCGCUUUUGCCGUGUUAAAACCGUUGCAUCAUCGUGUUGUUAGCACUCGCGUUUACAUCUACAGCAUUGUCGUCGUAUGGGCUGUAGGAAUUUUCAUAUUUGGUCUGAUGGGUCUUUCCUUUUAUUACCCAAAGCUGGAGCGGGAGACGGUUGAUAUUGUUGUACAUUUUUGCCUUUUCAUCUCUCUUCUGGUGAUUUGUGCGAGCUACCUCAAAAUACGAGCACGAUUGAGCAGCACUGCACCCGAAGUAACCGCUGUCAAGAGCCGUCAAACUACUGAGCAUAACGUACGACUUUCAAGGACUCUCUUCGUGGUGAUCGCUUUGUCGCUUCUGUUUUGGCUGCCAGCGUUUGCUGUUUACAUAGGUAGAGACUUCUGCCAGACGUGUUUUCACCCAUACGUGAUGUGGACGGUCAAUGUUUUACAUCUUGCCAAUUCUUUGGUUAAUCCCUUCGUGUAG